AUGUCACGCCGGACAUCCGCCAUGGCACGCAGCGAUCCUUCGACCAGUGGUGUCCCGCCUGCGGGCGACGGAGGUCGGCUCGCCAAUUCCUUGUUUUCACCCGGCCAUGGCUCACAGUUUGCAGGUCAGGAAAAGCAAAAGAUGCUUCUUUCGUCGGAGAAAGGGCAUUUCAGUUUGGUGAAAGCUCUCCACCUGGCGGAUCUGGUGACGGAACUUAAUGUCAUGUCCGUUUUCUCGUCGAUGCGCUACUGUCUCGGUGACCCGUCCGACUACAGCUCUCUAUGGGCUGCUCUUGCGUUCAUGCCGUUCGGUCUGUUCUUCGAUUUCAUGGAUGGAAAGAUUGCACGGUGGCGCAAGAAGUCGUCAUUGAUGGGCCAGGAACUUGACUCGCUGGCAGAUCUCAUCUCCUUCGGCCUCGCUCCUGCCUCUGCAGCAUUCGCACUCGGCAUCCGCACCCCGCUCGACCAUCUCCUCCUGGCCUUCUUUGUUCUCUGCGGUCUGACCCGCCUGGCUCGGUUCAACGUCACGGUUGCCGUGGUGCCCAAGGACAGCAGUGGCAAAUCCAAGUACUUUGAAGGCACGCCCAUCCCGACGACUCUGGCUAUUUCCUCGCUCAUGGCGUACUGGGUAUCGCAAAGCUGGACUCACGAGAACAUUCCCUUCGGUCUUAUUGCUGAAGGCUCCGUUUUUGAAUUUCACCCGGUGGCCCUCAUGUUUGUCCUGCAUGGUUGUCUGAUGCUUAGCAAGACGAUACACAUCCCCAAGCCCUGA